GAAGUUUAUGUGAAGGUGAUUUCAAUUUCAGGUCAGAAGUUGAGCCUUUCGAUGAGGGAUGUUGAUCAACAUACAGGGAAGGAUUUGCUCCCCUUGAAGAAGAGCUCAGAGAAUGAUGCUCUUAGAUGAAGCCAUUUUUUUCAAAGGAUGGACCUGUGACUAGGACUGGUCUUUCUGGGAUUAGGAUUGUGGAAAAGGAUGAUUUUGGCCCAUCACAGCGGCCAUUGAAGAGAACGAGCUCGCCAGAGAAGUGGGAAGCCAAACAGUUGAUUGCCUCAGGUGUUUUGGGUGUUACAGAGUAUCCUAUGUAUGAUGAGGAAACCGAUGGGAUGCUUUAUCAAGAAGAGGGAGCUGAGGAAGAGCUUGACAUUGAGCUCAAUGAGGACGAGCCAGCCUUUUUAAACGGACAGAGCAGGUAUUCUGUUGAUAUGUCACCUGUGAAAAUCUUCAAGAACCCAGAAGGGUCACUAGGUCGUGCAGCUGCACUUCAGUCCGCACUCAUUAAGGAGCGUAGAGAAGUGCGUGAGCAGCAGCAAAGAACCAUGUCGGAUUCUAUCCCAAAGGAUCUCAAUCGUCCCUGGGAAGAUCCAAUGCCAGAGACUGGUGAGAGGCAUCUUGCACAAGAACUUAGAGGUGUUGGUUUAUCGGCAUAUGAUAUGCCUGAGUGGAAGAAGGAUGCUUUUGGGAAAACCAUCAGUUUUGGGCAGAGGUCAAAACUCUCAAUCCAGGAACAGAGGCAGAGCUUGCCUAUCUACAAGCUGAAGAAAGAAUUGAUUGCAGCGGUGCAUGAGAACCAAGUGCUUGUCGUCAUUGGUGAGACUGGUUCGGGUAAGACAACACAGGUAACACAGUAUCUUGCAGCAGUGGGUUACACGACAAUGGGUAAGAUUGAUUGUACACAGCCACGUAGGGUGGCUGCCAUGUCUGUGGCCAAGAGGGUUGCUGAAGAGUUUGGUUGUCGUUUAGGAGAGGAAGUCGGCUAUGCAAUUCGUUUUGAGGAUUGCACUGGUCCCGAUACUGUCAUCAAGUACAUGACUGAUGGUAUGCUUCUUCGGGAGAUUUUGAUUGACGAGAACCUUUCUCAGUAUUCUGUGGUCAUGCUUGAUGAAGCUCAUGAGAGGACAAUCCACACAGAUUCUCAGUAUUCUGUGGUCAUGCUUGAUGAAGCUCAUGAGAGGACAAUCCACACAGAUGUUCUUUUUGGACUACUGAAGAAGCUUGUGAAGCGGAGACCGGACCUUCGUUUGAUUGUCACAUCUGCUACCUUGGAUGCGGAGAAGUUUUCCGGUUAUUUCUUUAACUGUAACAUCUUCACUAUCCCUGGGAGAACUUUUCCUGUAGAGAUACUCUACACUAAACAGCCGGAAAAGAUCGAAAGUCGAAAAUUCAAAAGACCCUAG